AUGUCCGGUGGCAGCUCGAACUCUUCCUCGCGGAAGGAGUUCGAUGUCAAGCAGAUCCUCAGGAUCCGAUGGAGGUGGUUCGGUCAGCCUACGGUGCCUCCGCCUCAUUCUCCGCCGCUAAGAGACUACUUGGCCGGGAGGAGAUCGGGCGGCCACUCCUCCUCCCCAGAGGGACCUUCUGCAUUUAGCGGGGGAAGCUCGACUUCAGACGGCGUCGGUAGUAGCCACGGCGGGCUAGUGACGAGCGGCAGCGCCGGGUCGAACCUUUGCAACAGCAGAAAGUUUGUUGAUUCGUCGGGGAGUCGGAGCGGCUCAGGUGGAGCUGGAGCGACUGGGAACUCCUGCUCUCGCUCAGCGAGCCAGCCGGAGUGCAGUAGCUCCCCCGCGGCGUGGGCUUCUCCGCCGCCACGUCGCCGUUCUCGCCCGGUAUCGAACAUGGAGCCCUCCGGCGAGGCCCCGGUGCGGCAGCUGGGAGUCGAAAGACUGGAGACCUCCGCUCGUGUAGGCGUAGACGGGGAGGCGGCGGCGGCCAGAGCCGAGGAGAACAUCAACCACCCGGAUACUGACUCUAGCUCUUGCAGACUUCUCACUUCUCGCAGGCUGGUUCUCUCGUCUGUGUCCGACUACUUUGCGGCCAUGUUCACCAGCGAUGUGCGGGAGGCCAAACAGGAUGAGGUGAAGAUGGAGGGUGUGGACCCAGAUGCAUUGUGGAUUCUGGUGCAAUUUGCCUACACAGGGCGUCUGGAGUUGAGGGAGGACACCAUUGAGUCUUUGCUGUCCGCCUCUUGUCUUCUACAGUUGUCUUCGGCGGUUCAGGCUUGUUGUUCCUUCCUCCUGAAGCAGCUCCACCCCUCCAAUUGCCUCGGCAUCAGCUCCUACGCCAACGCGCAGGGCUGCCACGACCUGCAGAGGGCCGCUCACACCUACACCAUGGAACACUUUGUGGAGGUGGUUGGGGGCCAAGAGUUCAUGCUGCUUCCAGUGGAUGAGAUGGAGAGGCUGCUCAUUUCGGAUGAUCUUAACGUUCCGGAUGAGGAGACGGUGGUAACCGCUUUGCUUACUUGGGUGCAUCACGACGUGGGCGCCCGACAACGUCACCUGCCGGCGCUUCUCGCUCAUGUCAGACUGCCGCUGUUGCAGCCACAGUUCUUAGCAGACCUGGAGACCAGCCCCAUGCUCCGAGACAGCGUGGACUGCCAGCGGUUGCUGAUGGAAGGAAUGAAGUACCAUCUCUUGCCCCAUCGCCGGCCCCUGCUUCAGAGCUCGCGCACGCGGCCCCGCAAGGCCACGGUUGGGGCCAUGUUCGCGGUUGGCGGAAUGGACGCCACAAAAGGUGCUACUAGUAUUGAGCAAUAUUGUCUACGGCGGGACACGUGGAAGCAGGUGGCGACCAUGAGCGGUCGGAGGCUUCAGUUUGGCGUCGCCGUCCUGGAUGGCCGCCUCUAUGUGGUGGGGGGCCGAGAUGGACUCAAGACCCUCAACACGGUGGAGUGUUACAACCCUCGGUGCAAGACUUGGAGUGUCAUGCCACCCAUAUCUACACACAGACACGGCUUAGGUGUCGCCGUCCUUGAAGGGCCAAUGUACGCGGUAGGAGGACAUGACGGCUGGAGCUACCUCAGUACAGUAGAAAGGUGGGACCCUCAAGCUCGCCAGUGGAGCUUUGUUGCCAGUAUGGCCACACCCAGAAGCACCGUCGGAGUGGCAGUACUCAACAGCAAAUUAUAUGCAGUCGGAGGUCGUGACGGUUCCUCCUGCCUGCGUUCAGUGGAGUGUUUUGACCCUCACACCAACAGGUGGAACGAUUGUGCUCCCAUGGCGAAACGGCGCGGUGGCGUGGGCGUGGCCACGUGGCAUGGCUUCCUGUAUGCCAUAGGCGGUCACGAUGCUCCUGCAUCAUCUCUGGCCUCACGGCUAAGCGACUGUGUGGAGAGGUAUGACCCUCAGACUGAUGUGUGGACAGCAGUGGCCCCCAUGAGUAUCAGCAGAGACGCAGUGGGCGUUUGUCUCCUCGGCGACCGUCUGUACGCUGUAGGUGGCUACGAUGGCCAAAUGUAUCUCAACACCGUGGAGGCUUAUGACCCUCCGACCAAUAAGUGGUCUCAGGUGGCACCGCUGUGUCUGGGCCGGGCCGGAGCCAGUGUGGUGGUGGUCAAAAUGUGAGAAGCAGCAAAGGCUGACUGAGAAGUGCCAGGGGACUUCACAAUAGUGAACAAUAAUUCCCCAGCCUCAUUUUCUGAGUGCUGACAUCCCAAUCUCCGCCACCGAUGACAGCCAUGAUCCAAAGCAUUCUGCUGGCCUUGUGAGAGUUGGACAGUCACUCCUCCACAGACCCAAACUCCUUAUUUUGGAGAAGACGCGCACUUACACUGUUUUGCUGAUGGAAAGGUGAAGGACUGUUCAGAAAGUUACACUCUUGAUUUGUAACACUUGUUUUUAAUGUGUUCAUUGGCUAAGAUCUUACCUCUCUCAAUGACCGACAUAAAACAACUCCUCCCUCUGCUGCUGUCUUUCUUCCGCAUUGUAUCAGCUCACUUGUGAAAGACAAAUGUUUCUGGAUGGUUAUUGAAAAAUGAAUUGUCAAGAUUAACUGUUUCAUCUCAAUGCCCAUUUUGGAAUUGUGACCCGAAAGUAUUAAGUCAUGUCUUACCAUAACACUUGUGACAAAUGAUGAAGCAAUCAAAAUCUGAUUUUUUUUUCUAUUAAACAUGGAUCAAAACAGUUUUUGCCAAACUAUUAGUGAUCAAUAAUACAAUAGCAUUCAGGAUUUUAAGUGAUUACCUAAUAAGUUUAAGUUUGGGGAAGGAUGCACUCUAAUAAUCUGUAACUUUUCUCAUGCAGCACAGUCUCAGUUAGUCAUUUUCAGUGGAACAUCCAAAAUUCAGCUGUCUGUACUGUGAAGCAAGCAUCACUCUCAUUCCCCCAUUACCAAAAAUCUACCCCGGUUUCCAAAUA